AUUCGUGAUCAAUUUUUCACAGUAAAAUAUACUGAUACAGCAAGUUACAACAGUAAAGGAGAAAGAUCUGCCGUGCCUUUAUAAGGUUUAUCGAAACAAAGUAAAUGCAUACUAUGAAUAUACAAACACCGCCGUAACCACUUUACGGUUCACCCAUACGGCCUCUGGAGCUUGGUUAGCGUCAUUUUGUUAGAUAAACUUGAUAAGAAUGAUUUGCUAUUUAUGUAUUCUUCGAUUUUUGCAAUGUCAUGGCUGUAAUCUUAUAUUCUCGGAAUACUUGUGCUCACCUUAACAUUUAAAAUGUUUACUUUCUAAAAGGUUCUGGUUUCCCUGUUUAAGAAAAUUAUAGUUGUCUUCUCUUAUUGAUAGAUUAGUCUUUGCGUAUAUAUACCCGAUAAAUAAGCUUAGUUAUGACGUAGAACUUCGUAAAUUAUGUCCAUUAUAUCAUUAGAUUACAAUACUAGUUAUAAAAUUAGCUACGGUGGUUUAAAAUUAACGAAUUGUAGUAAAGUCUAAACGUUUUUUUCAAUAUAUUUAAUGUUUAAUAAUAAUGAUAGAUAUCUACUGUAUAAUAUCCAAAGAUCUUAUCCUUAAAUCCUUAUCGUAUGGGAUUAUCCUCUAUUGAUAUCAACCGUGAUAUCUACGAACAGAGUCUCAAUUCAGCUUUUUGGGGAUUUUCCUUAAAAUAUUUGCGCGUAAUCUUGGUUACCGGUUUAGCUUUCGCCGAAGAGCGAAAUAGCCUGAAUGGAGAAAGCUUAUUGCAACUGUUGUUUGUAGGUACGAAAUUAAGACAAAAGCUCUUCAUUUUGUGGCCAAAGUCAACAAAAGAAUAUGGUGAAAAUGUUAACAAUCACUUAUCAGCCAAAUUAAAUAGUACCUAAGGUAGGUAAAAUUAUAUUUUCAGGUCCGUACAAGUGCUUCUAGAAUUUAACAGGCAAUUGACUUUUUAAGUGUCAUGACUCAAGUUAUUGUAUGUAACUACUGUCAUAUUCAAGCAUGGGCAUAAAAUAAAUUACUGAGCAGGUAAUUCAUGUUAUUGCGCAUAUUCUUAUCUAGUUUCGUAGAUAAAAUGUUUGAUUCCAAAAACAAUGUACAAAAUAUCAGAUAACAUAGCCCGAUACAAAGGUAUUAAAGAAGAUGACCAAACAAAAGCCAUUUAGUAGUAUGUAAAGUAUAGUAAGGGGGGAAUCCCCGCCAAAAUUGUCAGAUAGCAAAACACAUAUUCAGAUAUAUAGUUCUAAGCCAAGCAUGACUUUGAUAGACGGCGUGGGGGAUGAAGUAGUGCAGUUCAUAGCUGUAGUAUUAGUUGUUGUGGUGGCGGCUCUCGCUUGGUUGUCAACCAAUGCCCGGCCGGAUCGGUACCAAACUGUGCUGGUGAUGCGCUCACGGACACACCAUCCGGUCACAGUGAGCAUAAGAACAAGAUCAAACCUGAUGUUAUCAACAACACAAACAAAUUCCACUAUGCAAGUUGUCACAUCAGAUACGCCAGGUGCUGGUACAGAAACAACUGAAGAAAACAACGCGAGGGUCAUACCGCUUCAGGAAAUGGACAGUAUAGUGGACGCCGAUAUGGCAAUGUUGGAUAACAACCGGCUACAUUUCUACAGGAGAAUAGACUCUCCAAGCAGCCCGAAUAGUCCCAUAGAACAGACGAAUGACGAGAGCGAACCCCACGAGGAGGUGGAGCCGGCCAGCAACGCUCAGAUCCGGGAGAUGGACAGCAUUGUCAGCGCCAUGGAGGCUGACGUCACCACCGGCUGUGACUUCUUCACUAGAGCUAAUGAAUCUAACUCAUCUUCAGUAAUACCGACGACGAUCAAAAAAGAUGACGUCAAAGAAGCAAAUGCUCCAUCGACAGCUAAUGUACAAAAAACAUCGGAAAGUGUGAAUACAGAAAACGCUCAGUCCACGGAAAACGUAGGCGAUGCACCGACGGAACAGGACACCAGGAAGAUACUGAUCAAACUCAAAUAUCUGAAUGACACGCUAAAAGAGGUUGACGGCAGUCUUGAUGAGCUGCUCAAGGAUUUUAAAUGGCGCCACUUCUCAUCCGAGCUGACGGCAGAGAGCCGAGUCCGCCUGAUUUUCAACGGGCGCGUGUUGAUCGACGACGCGGCCACGUUGCGCGCCUGCGGAUUGCAUGAUCGAGCCGUAGUACAUUGUCUUGUACAUCCUAAACGUACUACAAGUCAGCCGCGCGGGACUCCAGAAGAGCCUGCAGUGAACCCGCCAAUGACAGAGGGCGCGCAGCCGGAGCGCGCCUGGGACCUCGAGAACAUACUCAUGACGCUCGUCUCUGUCGCACUCACCGUCGUAUGGUUUUUUAGAUGUGAAUAUUCGAACAUGUUCACGGCCAGCGCCAGUGUGGCCCUGUUCGGGCUGACGGUGUUCUACAGCGUGGCCAUCUUCGGGCUGUACCUGUCGGACACGUUCCAGUUCGACCGGCGGCCCGCGCAGCCCGUGCCCAACAACUAGUACCAGCCCGACGCCGCACAACUAGUGAGCUUCGGAAACUAUACAUAUGCCGCCUUUUCUACUGUGUUACGAAGGUAGCGUUUGGAUAUGUCUAGCUAACAGUAGCGUGGUGGCUGCGUAUCGGCUAUAACUGAAUCUUGUUUCAUAUUGUUAAUUUAUUUUAUAUCUGUAAGUUAACUAUUAGUAGUCUGACGAGUUAAGUAACUAUAAAUAGAUCUGUGACUGUUUCUAAGAAGUUUUAGGCAUUAAUGGUAGAACUGAAUAUUUUUGCUUUAUAUGAAAACAUAUAUUCCUUGAUGUCUUUGUAAAAUGGCAUAAAAAUCUUGUGUAAUCGCCACGCUCAGGG